GGGCCAGUGGCGGAGCCGGCACCGGUGGUGUUGACUGGAGGGCUCGGGGGCAGAGAGGGGGGGGACUCAUCAGUUUACAAUAGAAACAUCUUUCCCUGUCACAUGGCCCCCAGCCAGGGCCUGGUCCGCAGCCCUGGCGUGUGUCCUGCCUGGGAAUCAAACUGAAGACCCGUCAGUUCGCAGGCUGCCCGAGAUGCCUUUCACCAACAGCUUUACAAUCCCUAGAUCUACCCAUCCAGACCCAAUCACCAGAUGCACCAGUGGCUCUCUGGAAGCUCAUGUUGAACACGUCUUCCGGUGCUCCUGCCACAAGUGAUCGGGAGGUAAACUUUGUGAUGUGCACACGAUGGACCCCAAGGACUUGGAAGCUGAAAUCCACCCCUUGAAGAACGAAGAUGGGAAAUUGCAGGAGAACCUGGGAAGCCAGUUGAAAAAGGAAGAGAACUUGAAAGGCGCGCCUCAGCGGUCUCGCCUUUCCCGGUGCCGGACGGCGGCAUUUUUUCUCUCACUGUUCAUCUGCCUUUUGGUGGUGUUUAUGAUUUCCUUCAUCAUCCCGUGUCCAGACAGGCUGGCGUUACAGGGGAUGUGGAGGAUCGAUUACAACACAGCAGUCACCUACGACUUUUUGGCCACAAAAGACAUAAACAGGGACAAGGUCCAAGAUGUUCUCUUCCUUUAUAAAAACACCAGCGGCAGCGACAAUUUCAACCAGUCCUGUACUGAUGAAGGCUUUUCCUCUCCCUGCUCCUUCGUGGCUGCUGUGUCCGGAGCCAACGGCAGCAUCCUCUGGGAGAGGCCUGCAGCCCAGGACGGAGGCCUCGUGUGGUGUGAUGCGGCUCAGCCGAGGGACGGUGGGGCAGCCCCCGCCUGCAUCCUCGUGGGCAGCGCUGGUUCUUUCAUCGCAGUCAACUCGUCUACAGGGGAGACCCUGUGGAGACAGCCCAGCAGUUUCAGAAGGAACACUUCCAUCCUAAGCCCUUUACUCCAGGUUCCUGACCUUGAUGCCGAUGGGGCCCCAGAUCUGCUGGUGCUCACCCAAGAGGAAAAGGAGGUUAGCAGCUACCUCUAUUCAGGCAGCACCGGGCACCAGAUUGGCCACCGGGGCAGCCUCAGUGUGGACAAGACCAGUGGCUUCCUCCUUUACAUCACCAGGGCAGGUGCCCACUACAUCCUUCUUUCCUGCGCAAGUUCCCUCUGUGGCCGCUCUGUGAAGGACAUCUAUGAAAAAGUGACCGGGAGAGACAGCCCACUAAGGACAGACCCCAGCUGGGAGGACAUGCUCAACGCCACCAAGCACGGGCUGUUUUUGCACAGCCCUGGAGCCAUCAGUCAUCUGAUGAACGUGCCCGGGAAUGGCGGUGAGGACCUCCUCCUUGUGGGUUCGGAGGCCUGCGUGCUGCUGGACGGACAGGAGCUGGCCCCCAGGUGGACCUUCGGUGUAGCCCAGGUCCUCAGAAAACCCACCCUUGGUCACUACAAACCUGACACCCUGGCUGUGGUCAUUGAAAAUGGAACCGGCAUUGACAGACAGAUCCUGCUCCUGGACCUCAGCACUGGGGCCGUCCUGUGGAGUCAGGCCCUUCCAGGCCUCCCUGGGCACCCUCCAUCUGCCAGCCUGCCCACUGCAGACCACCGCUCAGCCUUCUUCUUCUGGGGUCUCCACGAACUAGUCGGUGCCAACCAGACGGAGCCCCAAGACAGCCCGCACCGCCUCUACAUGUUUCACCCGACCCUGCCAGGCGUCCUGCUGGAGCUGGCCAAUAUCUCCGCCAACAUCGUGGCCUUCCGAGUGGCCCUGUUUGAGCCGGGCCGCCAUGCUGCCUACAUCCUCCUCACGGGCCCAGGCAGCGCAGAUGCACCUGGCCUGGUCUCCAUGGCCAAGCACAAGGUACAGGACCUCAUCCUGAGCAGCCGGGUGGUUCGCCUGACCGAGGGUGUGCCAGACAGCGACCAGGCCAUCAGGGACCGGCUCUCCCGCCUGCGGUACCGGAGCGAGACCUAGGUGCACAGCUGCCAGGGCACCUGCGAGAGGCUGCCGCUGCUGCAAGCAAACAUCCCAGGAAGCGGGCCUCCGUCCCCUGGACCUGCGUGCGGACUCCCUCCCCCCAUCUCCCCCACCCCACCUCACGACCCAGGCCUCUCCUGCCCAGCAGGCUGUGUCCUCACAUGGAUCCUCACUCUGCCCCACAGGGGUCACAUGCUCAAGGCCAGCUGUCUUCACUGUGGUCAGCGGGGGGCAGAGCCCAGAACCCUCCAGUGGAAGCGCCCACUUCAUUUCCCAUCUUAGCUCGUCCCACUCUGCACUGUCCCCCUGAGGUCAUGCAGCUCAAAGGGUGGUGGGCCCUGGGGUGGCGUCAGGGCAGCAGUGCGACCUCGGGCAGUACCAGCCCCCAGCACUUCUGGCAUGGUUGGUGGUACCUUGCUGUGGGGAGCCCCUUCGACCCAGCUCGUGAGAAACUCGGCUUGCAGGGCGUGGUGGGCAGCCCUGCUGGAGGGCGCCCUGAGGUGGUUUCCACCCCUGUGCUGGCUGCUCGUGCUGUGAAUUUCCCAAGGAACUGGCCAUAGGACACGCACUGGGGUCAUUCUGUACCCUCUUCGUACACACUGGAGUCACUUGUCCCACUCGUCCCUGUACCCCAGGUGGAGCCAGCUCCCCUCCUUCCUGGUGCUCAGAUCUCCCUGGCAUUGGUGUUCCCUGACACAGGACUCACCUCUGUGCCUUGCUGCACCCUAGGGCUACUAGGGUGUGCUGCAGCUCAGCUGCUCCCAGGCAGGAUAAAUAAAUAAACCUUGACGGCGCUGGGGACCACAGGAAGAAAGCAGAAUAAACACUUUUUGCACUGGCUGGAAAGGCCCCAGAGGACACA